AUGACAGUGAGAAACAAAAUAUACUCAGAUUAGGGCGAUUCCAAUCUAGAAAACAACCUUAAUUAGACUGAAUUUGAUUAGGAUUAAGUUUUUAAAACUGCUAGGCAAUCUGAUGAAGAUGAAGAUUUUGAGAAAAUGGAUCCAGAAUAAAAUUAAGCAAGCUAGAAAGUGUUGAAGUAGAAUUUCAUGAUAAAUGAAAAUGAAUUACAGAAUAGAUCUCUAAAGAGAAUCAACCCUAAAACUUAAUAAAUGGAAGCAAUAUUACUCACUUAGUAAAAAAUUGCAAUUAAACAGACUCUUUACAAUCUUGAAUCAUUCCUCAGCUCAGAUUUCAUAAAAUCACAUCCAAAGCUAUUAGGUUACUUUACAGUUAAAGACAUGAUAAUACUAUCUUAGACUUCUUAAAAACUUUACAUGACAAUCAUAAAUAGGAAAAUUAUAAAAAGACUUGUCAGAUAUGGUAAUUUAGACCAAUGUUUAAGAAAGCAAUUCUGGCGCAAAUUAUGCUAGUAUGGGGAGCUAGAAGAUGCUCUGAGAGAACAGUUAGGGCUUGAGGAUGAAGAAAUUAGUGUAUACAGUCACAUAUAGGCUUUGAUAGAAAGCGAGAAGGAGGGAACUGAUAUUUAAAAUAAUAAACUGACUGAAAAGGUUAUAGACGAAAUAUCAAGGGAUUUAAAGAGGACUCAUACCUCUGAACUAAUGAAAUCAUAAGAAGGACAAGAUCAAUUGAAGAGAAUACUUUAAGCAGUAGGCUAUGUAGUGCCUGAUGUUGGUUACUGCCAAGGAAUGAACUUUAUUGCAAGUGUUUUAAUAACUGUCCUAGGCAGUGAGGAAUGGGCUUUCUGGGGUGUGCCAGAGCUUCACUUGAAAAACUUUUAAAUGGCUUAGCUUAUAAAGUUUCACAUGCAGAAGUUGUUCAACCAUCUGAGGUAGAUUUAGAUGACUACUGACUAUUUUACCUCUAAGUGGAUAAUGACACUAUUCGCUUGCUUUUUGCCUUAUGAAGUACUUCCACCAAUAUUUGAUAUGUUCUUAAUGGACGGAUGGACUGCUGUGUUUAGACUUGGCAUUGCUUUGCUUAGGGAAAUGGAGCAUUUACUAUUGCAAAUGGAUAUGGUUGAGAUGUCAACUUACUUCAGAGAUAAUGUGCGAAAGGACAAAUUAGCAAAUCAGUUUAAGUUAUUUUCGGAGGCAUCUAGAAUCCGUAUACACAACCGUGAGCUGCAAAAACUGAGGGAGUAGUUUUACAUUAUUUAAGCUGAAGUGAAAUUAAAACAAGGCAGAAAAAGCUGGGCAACAGACUAAGUUGAGGCAUUGAGAUGGGCUGAAACUGUUUUUGAAAAAAUGGAUCCUCAUGCCAAGGAAGACAUUCAGAAAUUUUAAGAAAAGCUGGAGAAAAUAGAUAGAGAUCUUGAUAAAAUUAAUAAAAUGGUGUUGGCUUCUCAUGUAGAUUACUAUGCUAUUAGAGAGGAAUUUGCUUAGCUAUAAGACAAAAAGAGUGCUUAUGAGCAGGCAUAUGUCUGCUUGAAAGAUUAACUCUAAUAGAGGAAGUAAGAGAAACAGUGGAGGAUAACCAAGAUGUUUAACUAGACUAAGUCAAACUACUUUAACUUAGUUAGUAAAAGCAAUAAAAAAGGGAAUGGGAAGUAAUAAAUAAGAACUUCAACAAUAAUGCCUCCCGGAUCCUCAUCAUCUACUUUUAUAGAAAGUAGUAGUCCAGCUAAAGAUACUAAAAAAUUCAUAGAUGACUAAAUGGAUGAGACUGACUAUAAAUAAUUGGAAAAAGAUCUGUAGGACUUACAUGAUAAAAAAACCUAAGUUUAGGCGCAAAUAGAUCUGAUUAAAGACGAGUUUGCCUUCAAAAAGAAUAGAUAUCAUGAUUCCAAAAUGAAAAUGGAGGAGUCUCGAAACUACAAGGAGAAAGUUAAAAACCAGAUGAAUGGAUUUCUCAUAAUGUAUGAAGUUAAAAAGGAGGAAACUCUCAAGGAGCUAAGUAAAAAGCUUUAAACUUCAGAGAAGUUCCAGCAAGAACGCGUCUUUUGA